CUGGCUGAGACCGGAGACGCGAGACACACACUCUGAGCGGCCGAGCGACCGUCAGCCUGAGGAGCGGGGAGCUUGGUGCAGACCCUGCAGCUGUCUCUGGAUCAUCGGGUCUCCUGCAGCUCAAUUAAGGUCUUCUGGAGGUACCUGGAGGUCUCUGGGCCUACGUUUGAGAACAGAAACCAGCAGGUGACCAGGAGAAGUUAGACCGUGAAGGCAGGUGCUGCCUCUGUCUCGCUCUCCUUCCUGUCUGUUGACAGUGUUGUCAUGGCGUCCUCCUUGAUCAGCCGUCAGCUCGCUCUCUCCCUACAGAAGAACUUGUGGCUCAGUGCACCAGGAUGCAGAUACAUCAGUAAAGCAGCACCACAGACCCAGGUGGACUUUGACUAUGAUGGACCCUCCAUGAAAACUUCAGUUCCUGGGCCACGAUCGCAUGAGCUGACAAAACAACUGGGAGAAAUCCCGAACGUUGGUGCCAUCAACUUCUUCUGUAACUAUGAGGAGAGCAGGGGGAACUACCUGGUGGAUGUGGAUGGCAACCGCAUGCUGGAUGUCUACACCCAGAUCUCCUCCAUCCCCAUUGGCUACAACCACCCUGCUCUCCUCAAGCUGAUGUCCAACCCCCACAAUCUGAGCACAUUUGUGAACAGACCUGCUCUGGGAAUCCUGCCACCUGAAAACUUUCCAGACAAGCUCACUGAAAGUCUUCUCUCGGUGGCCCCCAGUGGGAUGACUCGUGUCCAGACCAUGGCCUGUGGCUCCUGCUCCAAUGAGAACGCCUACAAAGCCAUGUUCAUCUGGUACAGGAACAAGGAGCGAGGACACAACACACCGUCUGAGGAGGAUGUCAGCAGCUGCAUGAUCAACCAGGCUCCAGGUUGCCCAGACCUCAGUAUUUUAUCUUUCAUGGGAGGUUUCCAUGGAAGAACACUGGGUUGCUUGGCAACGACACACUCCAAAGCAAUCCACAAGCUGGAUGUGCCGUCGUUCGAUUGGCCGAUCGCCCCGUUCCCCAGACUGCAGUACCCCCUGGAGGAGUUCACCAGAGAGAACGCACAGGAGGAGGCUCGCUUUCUAGAGGAGGUGGAGGACCUGAUCGUGAAGUGGAGGCAGAAGGGGAAGCCUGUAGCAGGGAUUGUAAUUGAGCCGAUCCAGGCUGAGGGUGGAGAUAACCACGCCUCCCCAAACUUCUUCAAGGCUCUCCGCAACAUCGCACGCAAGCAUGGCUGUGCUUUCCACGUGGAUGAGGUCCAGACCGGAGGGGGGACCACAGGGAAGUUUUGGGCCCAUGAGCACUGGGGCAUGGAUGACCCUGCUGACAUCGUGUCCUUCAGCAAGAAGCUUCUGACCGGCGGCUACUACCACAGGGAUGAACUACAGGCUGAUAAGGCGUACCGUAUCUUCAACACGUGGAUGGGAGACCCAUCAAAGAACUUGUUCCUGUCUGAGGUUCUCAAUGUGAUUCGCAGAGAGAACCUCCUGGAGGAGGUGACCCGGUCUGGGAGAACCCUGCUAAAUGGUCUCUAUGAGCUACAGGCUCAGUACCCCGGCAUCCUGAGCCGCGCUCGAGGUCAGGGGACCUUCUGUGCCAUCGAUGUCUGUGAUGAUCCAACACGCACCAGCAUCUUACUGAAGGCCAGAGACAAAGGUGUCCUCCUGGGAGGCUGCGGGGACCGAUCCAUCCGUUUCCGUCCAGCGCUGGUCUUCAAGGAGUACCACGCCCACAUCUUCCUCAACAUCUUCAACGACGUGUUGGCCCAGCACAAGUAGAUCCUGACCCCGAGGGAACCUGAGUUCAUCCAGACAGGGGGAGGGGGGUGGGGGACUCCAAGACCGCCAAUGCCAUGAUAAGCACAAUCCACACAAUAACUCACACAGAUGUCACAUAAAACCUCCGAUCCGAGACCCAGGGCCAGUUUCUUACAGACAAGGCCAGUCUUCAUCCUCAUAGCCAGACGUGAUAAUGGUGAUGUCCUCUUACCUGUGCUGCCAUUCAGAUGCUCCCACUCACAACAGGGUUCAUGUUUCUGUAAGACAAAUCUAUUAAAAUGUCUCCACCUCAUAUGUAGACUGACUAGACUAGCAGUACUCAGGAUGAAGUCAUCUAGCACCUUCUGUCUCACACUUUCCUGCCUACAUCAUUGCUCCUUGGACUGGAUGAUGUUGAUACUGUGAUUCUUACUGAAACAUCACACGACCACAUUUCUCAAAAUGUAGCAGUUUGAUGUUCAGACUACGUCAUGCGACAUCUCUUAUUCAGUUUAACCCGUCCAGCCAGCGUCACCUUCAGUUGAUACAGCUACUAAAAUCAGCUGAUGAGGUAUUUUUUUUAUUCUGCAAGUCAACUUAAAAUACCCUGUAAAGCUCUGCUCAUCUCAUCCAAUGUUUCUGGGUCUGGCACAGAAAGAUGACGUCCCCAUUUUUGAUCUGGCCUACGGAGCUCUGAGUAGUUAAGAAGGAGCUGUUAAUGCAGACACACACCAGACCUUGUUGAAUCACUUCAUGAAUCUGAGAGUCUGAGGUUCAGAGGUCUGGAACCAGGUUUUUAAUGUGGCUCUGUUCCUGGUGCAGGUAGCACAGCAUUAUAUUAAUGUAAAUAAGAUCCCAACUCCUAAUGAAACUUAAUUCAUGUAUGCGCUCAGGUUAGGGUCAAAAAAGGUCAAACUGUACACCUGUACAAUAAAUCAUUGUCCAUCUUGAAAAUCCUGAGAUGAAGGUAACAGAACCACCUGCCCGCUGACUGGACUCACUGCUUUGUGAUUGGACUAUCGUCGUCCAAUCAGAUUCAGGUGUGAAAACAGGGUCAAAGUUCACACUUGUUACCUCAUCAUCGCAGUGUUGUGAGUGUUACACAGUGUUACGCAUCUUUGUGUCUUUGUGUGACCUCACCACUGACAUCAUCGUCAGAUUUUAUUCACACAACGACAAAUCUUUUCUGCACGUGCAAACGAUUUAUUUUACAGGUUUAAAUGUUGAUUUAUAAACGACACAUCGUACAAGCUCAGAACCUUUUUGACCCUAACCUGAGCCCGUACUCACCUCAGAACAAAGUGUUGCGUACAGUUUCUGUUAGUGCUCAUGCUUCAUCCCGCCGCCUGUCUGACUGACAGUCCCUGAGCUGAUCACAGGAGACUGUGUUCGCUUGGAGGAGGACACACGACCCUGUGUCAGUGAUGACUGUGUGUAGGAACACACACACACACACAGCUGAGACGCCAGCCUGCAUGUGAUUUACUGCUGCCCAUUAGAGAUGUCCCUGUACUUAUUCUGACUGUUGUGUUGCUCUUCAUAGGAAUGACUUCUCAGCUUGAAAUGUUGUCGCCCAGAAAAAUGUGAAUCUUAUCUGGACCAUGAAAAUGUCAUAGAUGAUUUAGUGCCUGCAUGUUAGUCAGUGCGUGUUUCUUUUCUCUGCUGCUGGCCAUCACUAACCUGAACCUGUAACACAUUCACUUUACUCUUGAACAAGAGCUUCAUAUCUAAACUAGUACUACUGCUGACUAUGAUUUCAUAUUCAACACAGAGAAAUAGUGUUGUUAAUAACUAACUAGUAGCCAAUCAGGAUUGUCACGAGCCUCUUUGGGACACUUAAAACACACUUGGAGUAAAGCACAGAACUCUCCUCUCAUUACUGCCCCUGACACCACAGGGCAGUGAACUCCCUCAGGAGUUUACAGCAGUGGCUGUUUUUUUUACCCUAACGACCACAAGGGGGCAACAAUGAGCCACGUUCUACACCUGAAAACAAACUGAGACAUAAAGGUGAGCUUUGUGUUUUACCUGAAGUGUUUUCAGACAGUAUGGUUUGGUUAUUUAUAUGUCUGGUUAACUAGAGCAGCUUGCUACCCCGAGCGUCUCUAUGGAAACCAGACAUAAACCAGCACAGCUCAUACAGACAUGUUAGGACACAAAGACACAAAUCUUCUGAACAUGUUCCAUGUUUCUGUUGUAAAUCCUGAGGCUGAUGUUCUGCUGACUGUGUAGAACACUUCAGAACUCAUCAGUGUUUGUGAAUGUUCCAUGGAGCUUUUAGACAAGUGUUAGGAAUGCGUACUACUCCUAGAUUUAAUGAUGAUUUAAUGAGGUCAGGAGGGUGUCAGGGCUGAGCAAUACGACAGUGGUGAUGAUGAUGAUGAUGAUGAUGAUGAUGAUGAUGAUGAUGAUGAUGAUGAUGAUGAUGACACCAGUGCUCGUCUCCUCGUUGUCACUCAGUAUUACAUAGAGUCUGUGAUGACCCUCUUUAAUUAUUUGCACCUGUGAUCUGAGGUAGAUCAUGAUUGAUGUAAUUAUUUUAGAUGGCUCUAACUGUCGUUGUCCAUGUCCUGUGAUCAAUAAAUGAAGUUUUGACUAACUCAC